AUGCCCGCCUUCCACGAUACAUGGCUCUCGCCAAACAUCAGCAUCCCCCCAAUCUCUACCGGAGCCGAUCACAAUCACCACGACCGGUCGACUUCAGGUUUGCAAAUCUGCCGCCUCUGCAGCGACGGCUUCCACACCGAGAACAACCUCUCACACACUCGGGCUCGAUCCCCAUGCGCCGACCUUUCCUGCACCGGCUGCACGUGGCUGUGGCGCAACGGCGACGCCGCCUGUCACAAAUGCGUCGCGCGCUUCACUUGCCCGUCUCAGGAGCAAGAGUCUUCGUCCUCAGGGGUUGACGGUCUGCCGAACUCAAGCUACCGCGUCCUGGUGCCGGAUGAGGCAUAUGAGGGCGACGAUGAACGGGGCGUCUUCUCCAAGGUUGGAAACGUUCCAUCUGCCAGCCCAAGAUUGUCGAUGAGGAAGAAAGAAAGAUGGGCGCAACGUAACCGGGACUUCUUUUUCGUGAGCGACAAGCAACGCCUCGGCGAUCUCGACACGACGAGUGGCAAAGCGAGGAAAAGGCCGCUGCGCCUACGCCGCAGUUGCGGGAGGGAGGCGUUGAGUCAGCGAGCGGAGAAUACGUGGCAUGAUGGCGUCUAUGGGGAUGUAGCAGGAUAG